AUGUCAGAACCAGAUGGCGACAUGGCCCAAGCUCCCCGCAUUCACACCAACCGUUCCAACUUCCGGAGUACGUACAGCCAGUCGGCCACCGCACCUUGUCGCUUUUUGCUUCGUUUUCCCAGGCGGUUUGUCGCGAUGCUCCACUUAAACGGAGUCACUGGUGACCGGCCGGACCCCGACCUCCUCUGUCUCCGCCCGCUUAUCACUGACUGGGAACCAGUGGACGCCCCCCGAAUUCCUGCGACUCUGACAAUCCCUCCAAGAGCUUUCCCCUCUUCCACAUUACCUUCCAAUUACCUUACCUCCAACCCCGCACUGAAAACCACCACAUGCAAUGCCUCUGCGGCUCAAGCAUUUGUGGUAAAGGGCCCAGCGUUCCGGGCUCCCGCCCACUGCCGUCGUCACCGACUAAUAUCGACCGACACCGCUCCUCCUGACCCGGCAAUCCCUCCCAACCUGAUCUGA